AUCUCAACUUCGCUUCACCUCGACCAUCCGUGCCGCUCUCCUUUGUCCGCCCUCUCGCCGUCCGCCUCCGCCUUUCUCGCCCCGCAAACCCUGCGAAAGCGUCGUUCAUCAGUUAGCCCCCGGUGCGCACCCGCUCGCCCGUCAUGUCGUCGUACCUGGACAAGCAGGCCAACGCCUUCAAGGGGACGCUCGCCUCAGCCGCCACGAAGCUCUCCAACCCGACGUCCACCAAGGCCGCGACGCUUGCGCCGCCCUCGCUCGCGCCGCCUUCGCCCUCACCUUCUGCCACCUCCGACCCAAACACCCCAAGCACCAAGCGCAAGCGCGAUGCCGUCCCCGACGUGCCCUACUCGCAGCCUCAGCUCACGGGCUACGGCGCCGAGGUCAAGACACAGAUGACGUUCGCCGUCGAGUACCUGAAGAAGAAGGGCGAGCUCAAGACCAUCAUCGAGAUCAUCGACCAUCUGAGUUUGCGCGGCUACACCGAAGAACACAAGCGCGAGCUGGCCGACGGCCUGCGAGGCCAUCCCCGCAUCGAGUGGAAGCCUGACGGCAGCCUCAGCGAGCAGACAUGGCAGACGGGCAUGUACUCACACCGGCCCAUCAUCCCGGGCGUCAAGGACGCGACAUCGCUACUGGCCCACCUACAGCGCAAGACGGAUGCCUCGGGCGUCUCGGUCAAGGAUCUCAAGGACGGCUGGCCCGACUGCGAGGACACGCUCUCGUCGCUGGAGCGGCAGCACAGGGUGCUCGUGGUGCGGACCAAGAAGGACAACUUGCCGCGCUACGUGUGGCCCGACGACGCCUCGCUGCACUACAGCGUCCAGCACGAGUUCCAGGUCAUGUGGCACCGCGUGCCGCUGCCCAGCACCGACGACAUGCACCGCAAGCUGGUCAGCGUCGGACAGAAGCCCACAAGCGAAGACCCGAACAAGUUGAACCAGCAGGGCGUCAAGCCCAAGGCCCAGCGGAAGCGCGCCGGCAAGCGUAUCGGCAAGGCGACAAACGUCCACAUGCAACAUCUGAUGCAGGAUUACAGUGGCAUGCGGCGAUGAAGCAUCGCCUUAUGGCGAGAGUCGGGUAGAAAGCAGCAGGAAAACAAGAGUGCGGAUUCUUUCACGAGUUAUAAGAGACUUGGGGCGUUGGGCGGACGGUCUGGUUCUAUUUAUUCCCCUUGGCAUGGGAGACGGGGUAUUCCCUUGGCGUUUACGGAAGGCAGGUUUGUUUCAAAUGAUCUAAAAGUCAAGGGCAUGGUCAUCGGCACGAGGUGGUUAUGUUAGACAAAGAGACGCGAGCAUAGCGUCAGCAUAAGUUUUGAAUCAGCAAUUAUGGUCCAA